AUGACACGCGCAAGAUAUCAACAUCUUGCGCCGGCAUCGAAAGUGGGUACAGAAAAUCGUCUCCUCUUCUUUGGUCAUACAAUAAAGAGACCAGCAGAUCGUCUUGUUCAACGAGUGCUGAGGAGUUUGUUGGAUUCAAGCUGGAAGAGACCACGUGGCCGAAAGCGGAAGUUCUGGACUGAGGUGAAAGAGAACCUGAGGACACUCGGCAUGGAUUGGCAGUUCAGGCCAGACGCAAGGUUUCGAAGGUUAUGGAAUCGCGACGAAUGGAUCGGUCCCGUGCAAGCUCUCGCAGAAGAUUGCGAAGGUUGA